AUGCCGGCACGCGCGCCUCGAGAUCUGCUCCCCGCGCACGUACACAGUGCGAGUCUGUGCCCUACCCCACACCCGCGUCUUCGCGAAGCCCCCGGCGUCCAACGCCCCACACUCAAUCACGCCCCCGCAUUCGCCCCCGCAUUCGCAUUCGCAGUUGUUACGUCACGUCUGCGCAACCCGCUUCCGACCCCGGACACGACACCGCACGAGCUAAGAGGCGCAGAAACCCCCGCCGGGGCCACCGUGCAUGCGCACACGAUCCGCAAAGGCAGGAGCGCCGGCCCUCCGCGACCCUGGCGCCCUCCUCGCUCUCCUCGCCCUCCUCGCCUUAGCCCUUACACGCUCUCGGUCAUGCGCGCGUCGGGCCACGCUAUUCCCUCGCCCGCAUUCGUCGCCCCGCGGCCGCGCCCCGUGCGCGUGCGCCGACAAUCAGCGGGGGCGCCUAGAGGGUUCGCAAAGCGCGCACGAGGCAGCCCCAGAAAUAGGUGGACGGAGCGAAGCCUUUUAGGGUGCGCGGAUGACCGUGGUGGACGCGGGGAGGGGCCCGCGCCGCGUUGGGGUGCCGUGCUGUGCGUGCGAAGGCGCCAUGCGGGGUAA